AUGACCUCCGAUGCUAACCAGGAGUCGAAAAGGGUAUGGGCCAGUUUGAUCACUCAUGAGGAAUACCUGCCUGGUCUUUUGACGCUGGACUACUCCCUUCAGCUCGCGGGGAGUAAAUAUCCACUGCUCGCGUUGUAUACAGAUACGGUCCCGGAAACAGUAUUAGCCGCAUUAGAUGCGCGCAAGAUCGCACGGCGAAAGGUGCCGCUUCUAAAGCCUUCAGGAAGCAAAGAGUUCAAGAACGAUGCUCGUUUCAUGGAUACCUGGACGAAACUCUCUGCAUUUUCAUUGGUUGACUUUGAUCGGGUUGUUUUGUUGGACAGUGACAUGCUAGUCCGUCGCAAUCUGGAUGAACUUAUAAUUUUGGAUCUGGAUCCCCCUUCACUCGGCGGAGAUGGUCAACGCGUCUUUGCUGCCAGCCAUGCAUGCUGCUGUAACCCACUCAAGAAAGAGCAUUAUCCUCCGGACUGGAUACCGAGUAAUUGCGCAUUUACCAUGCAACAUCAAACACCAGAAAAGGCACAGAUAGAAGGGCCCCCCAUUUCCUCUGGUCUCGGGAUGCUAAAUGGCGGCCUGUUGGUGAUCAAUCCAUCGAUGGGAACAUAUAGCAAGAUAACGAAGGCGAUCGACACGCCGGAAUUGACAUGUAAGUAUGACUUCCCUGACCAAGAUCUACUAGCCGAUAUCUUCACGGGAAGAUGGGUGGCACUGCCGUACACGUAUAAUGCACUUAAGACCCUUCGAUGGAAGAACGUGCAUGAUACUAUUUGGCGGGAUGAUGAAGUCAAGGUCGUGCAUUACAUCUUUGCAGACAAGCCAUGGAAAAAUCAACCCGCAAGUCUAAGAGGAAGUGAAAGUACCGGUAUGAGACAGGCAUGGGAAGAAUCCAAUGCGAUUUUGUAUAGUUGGUGGUGGGACGUGAAUAAGAAGAGGCAACGGGCCGAACAGGAUAGAGGUAUUCUUGAUAAUUUCUAA